CACAAAGCGAACUAUUCUUUCGCCUUUUACUAAAGAAUACCGUGUGCUCUCCACGCUAAGUGGCAUACGCCUAUUUUUGGAGGGUCCCACUUUCGGGUGGGCCCAACAAAACUUAGUUAAAAUGUUUAAACUUAGUUUGGUUUAAUUCUAGACCGGCUACAGAUAUAAAUUUGUCCUUGUGAAGAAUCAAGUUUCAAUUGGACUAAUAAUGCUUACAAGACAUUUCCAUUAAAUCAUAAACACUGUUAAUUAUAUUUGCUUGAUUCAUAUUUUACUAAUUUCUACCAAAAAUGUUGCAUUACUUAAGUUUUCAAAAUAGGGUUUACAGCAAGGCCUACAAUAAACAAAACAACUUGAUAUUGUGUCAUCAUUGUGUUCCUCUGUUUAUUUGGGCCUAAAAGAAAACAUAUUGGGCCUAUUUUGUGCACAUAUAUGGGCUUUUUAAAAAACUCUAAUUGCUCCCCAAAUGACGCAAAAAAACCCCAUACGUCGCCUUCAACUGAUCUUUUUUCUGCGAAGCUUUUGAUUAGUAAAAGAUGAGUUUAAUCCUCAGAUUCAGGCGACAUUUACCAAUGAGGUCACCACUCGUUUCUCUCAUCGGCGAUCGCCGGAGUUUCGGAAAACCGGCGAGCCAAUCAGAUGAGAAAGAAGCAAUCGAUCAGAGGAAGCUCCCAACGGAUUACGAUCCCGCGAGAUUCUAUCCGACGGAGCAACGUAGUCCACCAACGGAGCGCGUGUUCAGGCUCGUCGACGAGAUCUCGUCUCUCACUUUAUCAGAAGCCUCAGAUCUCGGUGCGAUUCUGAUGAGGAAGAAAGGAGUCACGGUGAUACCAAACGUCGCCGUCACGAUGGUUCAGGGACAAAGCGUUGGUGUUAGUGAAUAAUAUUUGUUUCUUUUAAUGAUGUUUCGUCAGAAAAAGGUUUUUAUUCAUUUGCUAAAAUAAUCAGAUGUUUGUGAUGAACGGUUCUGUUCUAAUGUUUCUUGACACGGUUUCAGACAUAUUGGUUUUGUCUCAACUCUCUUGUUUUAUUUAAUUAAUUGAAUAAUAACAAGAGAAUUUAAGAAAAUAAUAAACAAAAAUCUUUUAAAC